AUGUGCGACAUAGAGCAGAUGUUUUACCAGUUCUAUGUGAUUCCAGAUCACCGGAAGUUCCUUCGAUUCCUGUGGUGGGAAAAGGGAGACCCUGAAGCUGAACCAAGGGAGUUCCAGAUGAAUGUCCAUCUGUUUGGUGCGGCAUCAUCCCCUGGGUGUGCGAACUUUGGUCUCAAACAAAUUGCGAACAGCUAUGAAGAAGAAUGUGGUUCUGCAGCUGCGAACUUUGUGCGAAAUGACUUCUAUGUGGACGACGGUCUGAGAUCUGUUUCCACCAGCGAAGAAGCCAUUGAGUUGAUAACGAACACCAAGGAUCUCUGUGGCAGAGGUGGUUUGCGAUUGCAUAAGUUUGUCUCCAAUUCACGAGAAGUGAUGGAAGCAGUUUCGACACAGGAUCGUGCCAAAGGAAUCAAGGAUCUUGACUUGCGUCACGACUCUCUCCCCAUCGAGCGAGCACUUGGCGUCCAUUGGUGUAUCGAGUCGGACACAUUCCAGUUUCGAAUCAUUCUGAAGGACCAACCACUCACAAGACGAGGAAUCCUUUCCACGAUCAGUUCGGUAUAUGAUCCUCUUGGAUUUGUGAGUCCUGUUCUGUUGGUUGGUAAGCAGAUAUUACAGGAGCUGUGCAGAAAUCAGGCAGAGUGGGAUGAUCCACUUCCUGAAUCCUUACGGCCAACUUGGGAACGGUGGAGGAGUGAUUUGGCUCUUUUAGAGAACUUCAAGAUGCGACGAUGCUUUCUUCCGGAGAAUUUCGGUCGUGUUGAAUCAGUAGAGAUUCAUCAUUUCUCUGAUGCGAGUACCACUGGCUAUGCCCAAUGUUCAUACCUGAGACUCACCGAUGACCAGCGAAGAGUACACUGCAGCCUCAUCAUGGGGAAAUGCAGAGUUUGUCCUCUGAAGCCAGUUUCUGUGCCACGCCUUGAGCUAACAGCUGCGGUGGUGUCGGUCCGUGUCAGUGCUCUGUUACAGAAGGAGCUCGAGUAUGAGAAUGUCUAUGAGGUCUUCUGGACCGACAGUAGAGUAGUGUUGGGCUACAUUGCCAAUGAUGCACGGAGAUUCCAUGUUUUUGUUGUGAAUCGGGUACAGCGUAUCAGAGACCACACCAAGCCUUCCCAGUGGCGACAUGUUGCUACAGAUGUUAAUCCGGCAGAUGACGGAUCAAGGGGUCUUGGAGUUGAGGAAUUGAUGAACAAAUCAAGGUGGCUUGUUGGACCUAACUUUCUAUGGGAAGAGCAGGUUCCUAUCAUAAUCGAAGCCAGCAGUCCAACCAUUUCUCCAGAGGAUCCGGAGGUGAAGAAGGUCAAGAGCCUUGCUACACAGACUGCGAAGCAGACAUUUGAGCUUGAACGUCUUGAGCGCUUCUCUGAAUGGCAUCAAGCCAAGAGAGCUAUAGCGACUUGUCUGAAGUUCAAGUCUCUCCUGAUGAAGCAUUCCAUAAAGAAACCACAGCCAAAUUCGAUCCAGGCUCUACGAAAAGAUGCGAUUCCUCUCUACAAACCUGUGAUGGAAGAGGACAUGUGCCAAGCGGAACUAGAAAUCCUGAGACUGGUGCAGAAAGAAGCCUUUGCAGAGGAAAUCAAAAUCCUGGAAUCUCUCAAGGUCAACAGCGACAACCCUAGCAGAUCCAAGGUUCGAGAGCGUAACAAAGUCAUGAAGACUAAGAGUUGUCUCUACAAAUUGGACCCAUUUCUGGAUGCUGACAACAUUCUGCGAGUUGGAGGCCGCAUUAGAAGGGCUGGGUUUCCUUCUAACUUCAAACACCCAGCUGUCUUGCCCAGAAAGCACCACAUCACCGAAUUGAUCAUUCGACAUUGCCAUCAGCAAACCCAACAUCAGGGUCGGGGCAUGACCGUGAAUCAAAUCCGAAUGAAUGGCUUUUGGAUUAUUGGCUGUAGCUCGGCUGUUUCCUACUACAUAUCCAAAUGCGUACGAUGCAGGAAGCUCUUCGGCCAAGUUCAAGAGCAGAAGAUGGCGGACCUGCCGGAAGACCGUCUCGAACCGGCACCACCAUUUACCAACUGUGGCGUGGACUUCUUUGGUCCUUGGUACAUCAAAGAAGGAAGAAAGGAAUUAAAGAGAUACGGAGUUCUCUUCACGUGCAUGGCAACACGUGCCAUUCACAUCGAAACAGCAGCAAGUCUCAGCUCAGACUCCUUCAUCAACGCUGUACGGAGAUUCAUUUCCAUUCGUGGGCCCAUACGACAGCUGAGAUCUGAUAGAGGCACGAACUUCAUUGGGGCAGAGUCCGAGCUCAAAGAAGCUGUCGCUGAAAUGGACCAUGGCUCUGCGAGGCAGUUUCUCCUGAAGGAGGGAUGCGAUUACAGCCACUAUGAAGUCAAGAUGAAUGCUCCAUCAGCCAGCCAUACAGGAGGAGCAUGGGAACGACAGAUACGUUCGGUGCGUAGAGUUCUGGGGCCACUGAUGCAUCAGGCAGGCUCUCAGCUUGAUGACGAGUCUUUGAGAACACUGAUGUGUGAAGCAGCUGCAAUUGUUAACAGUAGACCUCUUACAGUGGACAACUUGAAUGACCCAACUUCGCUUGCGCCACUUACCCCAAAUCACCUGUUGACGAUGAAAUCCACUAUCAUCUUGCCACCGCCUGGAAGGUUCCAGCGUACUGACAUAUACUCCCGCAAACGAUGGCGUCGAGUUCAAUACUUAACGAAUGAGUUUUGGUCACGAUGGAGGAAGGAGUUUAUUCAAAACAUCCAACUGCGUCAAAAGUGGAUACGACCACAGGAUGACCUUCACAUUGGGGACAUUGUCAUCAUCAAAGACGAGAAUCUUCCUCGCAAUCAAUGGUUGCUUGCUCGGAUUGCUCAGGUGUUCCCAGGCGAGGACAAUCAUGUAAGGAGGGUCAAACUCGCUAUUGGUGACCCCCACUUGGACGACAAGGGAAAGCGAGUCCAUUCUGAGAAGUUCCUGGAGCGUCCCAUUCAGAAGCUAGUCUUACUUGUGGAGGACUUGGAGACCAGGGGAAUCCCCGACGAGGAGCCCUGA